AGUUGGUUUUUUACGGCACAAAAUCCCUCCCCUCACUAGAAAUCGUCUUUGAAUCCAGGAUGACUAGUACACGCAUCCAACCAAAUUGAUUUACAUUCUACAGGGAAUUUCUGUCGAUGUCUUGCAAGAGAGAGGAGGCAUUGACGUACGUGAGACGCCUAUGACUAAUUGACUAUGAGUCAAGGAAUCUGCAUCCAAUGCAGAAACUUCUCUUUAUCUUUUUUCCCCCUUUUUUUUUCCGAUCAAAAGGUAUCACCAUACAAGCAUGCACGGUGGUACUCCUAUAUAAAUAAAGCAGGCAGUUCAUGUUCCCUAGCAACUGAGCUCGAAACAAAACUAAUUAUAAACAACACAUCAAACAUGGGUAUGGGCACACAAACAGCUGCACCAAGACCUAUGUUCUUCGCUGCCCAUGUAGGAGUACUUAGCACGGUAAAGAUCUCUCCGUGCCCAUCAACCAUUAGGCCUAAUAGGUCUCGGGCCUGCAGGGUUCGGGUGGCGGAGAGCCUGAGUCCGUCUAUUGCUUCCGGUGAUCCUAAUGCUCCUGAAAAGUUGUUCUACUUCGAGCCCUCGGUCUGGGUGAACUUCUUUAUCAACCACAACCCGCGACCUCUCCAGAGGUCAGACGAAUGGAUGAGGCAUAAGGCCGAUAAACUCAAAGAGAAUGUUCGCAAACUGAUUUGGACUUCCAAUGACGUGGUUGCAAAGAUGAACUUAGUGGAUGCAAUCCAACGCCUCGGAAUUGGUCACCUCUUUGAAGAUGAGAUAAGCUGCAUUCUAAGUGACAUACACAAAAGUGAAUUUACUAGCUCUAGCCUCCACGAGGUUGCUCUUCGGUUUCACUUGCUUAGAGAGCAUGGCCUAUGGGUAUCUCCAGAUGUAUUUAACAAAUUCAAGGCUGAUGACGGGAAAUUCAUCGAUGAAGUAGCUAAUGAACCCAGGGAUUUAUUAAGUCUAUAUAAUGCAGCUGACCUCCUUGUUCACGACGAGCCAGAACUCGAAGAGGCCAUCUCUUUUUCUAGGUACCAUCUUAAAACAAUGAUGCAGCACAAUGACUUGAAACAGCCUUUAUUUGAUAAAUUCAGCCGUGCCCUUCACUUACCACUACCAAGGACAUACAAAAGAGUAGAAACAUUGCAUUAUUUCUUAGAGUAUGGACAGGAGGAAGGGCAUAUUCCAAUUCUUUUGGAUCUCACAAAACUAGAUUUUAACAUUCUGCAGAGGGUCCACUUGAAGGAGCUCAAAGCCAUUUCAGAGUGGUGGAAAGACCUCUACAAAUAUAUAGGACUAACUUACAUUAGCGAUCGUGCGGUGGAGAGCUAUAUAUGGUCACACACAAUGUUGUUUGGGGAAGGCUUAGCACUCACAAGGAUGAUUUGUGCCAAGAUAAUUAUACUGUUAGUCAUAAUGGAUGACACAUAUGACGCCCAUGCCACCAUCGAGGAAAGCCGGAAGCUAAAUGAAGCCAUACAAAGAUGGGAUGAGAGUGCUAUCCCUCGCGUACCUGAGUACUUGAAAAAGUUCUACAUUAAAUUGUUGAAUAAUUUCAAGGAGAUUGAGGAUCAGGUGAUGGACAAUGAGAAGUAUAAGGUUGCUUACGCUAAAAAAGAGUUCCAGAAGCUGUCCCAUUAUUAUCUCCAGGAAGUUGAAUGGUUACACCAGAAUCACAAGCCAAGCUUUCAAGAGCAGGUGGAUUUAUCUACCAAGACAUCGACGGCACAUUUAAUGUUUGUGUCUACUACUGUUGGCCUUGGUGAUGCAGUAACAAAGGAAGCAUUGGAGUGGGCUGAAAGCAGUACCGCAAUUGUAGCCGUUGGAAAAAUAAUGCGUUUCAUGAAUGACAUUGCAGCAUUUAAGCAUGGAAAGAACAAAGGGGAUGUAACUAGCACCAUGGAAUGCUACAUGAAUGAGCACAAGGUCAUAAGCGACGUAGCCUUCAUGAAGCUCACUUCAUUGAUAGAACAUGAAUAUAGAACAAUAAAUCAGGCCCGCUUCGAACUACACAAGUCUCUCCCAGCAGCACAACGAGUUGUGAUCCUUGCUGUUGUUUCGUUAAUGUUCUUCUACGAUAAUAGGAAGGACGUAUAUACAUUAUGCUCAGAUCUACGGGAGACUAUCAGGAGUCUCUAUGUCGAGCAUGCUCCCAUGUAGCCAUGUUGUAUUAUCUUAUAUUUUCCUUUUACUUUAAGAUGGAUACAUAUCAUAAUAAUUUAUAUCUUCUAGUUAUUUCAGAAAUUUCCACAAAGCUAAAGUCAUUAUUCACACCUAAGUGUUGACCCGAUCCUUUUAUUUAAGUAACAUCUGAGUGUUACAUCCA